AUGGAUUCACAGCAACAACAACAGCAGCAGGCCAAUGUUGCUCCCGCGCAACCACAGCAAGCCUACCAUCCCGCCGCCAACGACAACAUCCAGCCCGCUCAGCAGCCGAAUACCGGACACGGUCUGCCUCCAAGCUACGAUCAGGCAAACCAGGCAAAGAGUGCGCCCGCGAGCCAGCCGCCCCAGCCAGGGAACAUGGCCGGCGCUCCUCCCAUGACCGUCAUUCCUUUGAAUCAGCUGAGCGACCAGCCGCAGUGGAUUGAUUGUCCUUUCUGCCACCAGCGAACGACGACUACCGUGCAGCGAGAAGGCACUUCUAUGCAAAUCAUUGUCGGUGCCCUCCUAUGCCUCUUCUGUAUUUGCCUCACCUGCGUGCCCUGCCUCGCCGGCUGGUUCGAAGACACCCAGUACCGCUGCUCCCAGUGCAAAAACAUGGUUGCUAUCGGCCGAUACGAUGGUCCAAUCGAGGUUUUCGGUCCCACCAUGCCCGUCUACUCCCAGUACAGCAACAACCAGGCUCCCAUGAAUGCCCAGCAGCAGCAGGGCCAGGUGCCUAUCCAGAGCUACCAGCAGCCAUAUCCCCAGCAGCAGCAGCAGCAGCAGCCUCCACAACAGCACCAGGAGCAGUAUCCCAUGCAUGUGCUUCAGCCACAGGUCCAGCAACAACAGCAGCCUGUCACGCAGCCUGACGCCAAGAACUAA